AUGCCUCAUAUAUCAAAAAGACGACAACAAAUAAAUAAAUUACCUAGAAAGAAGAGUCGCUUCACAUCUCAAGAGGAAACACAUGAAGUUAUUGAAGUACAGAAUGAAUCUACAUUAAGAACGUGCAAAGAAGAUGAGAACAUCGACCAGGAAACACAUGAAGUUAUUGAAGUGCAGAAUGAAUCCAUAUUAAGAACGUGCGAGGAAGAUGAGAACAUUAGCCAGGAAAUACAUGAAGCUAUUGAAGUACAGAAUGAAUCCACAUUAAGAACGUGCGAGAAAGAUGAGAAUAAAAAACCGGAAGAAAAUGAGAAAAAAAAUAGAAAUAAAAAUAAUGGUAUAUCAUUUGCCACUGAAACAUCGAGUAAUAUGUUACUCAAUGCUGAAGCAUCGAGUAAUAUGUCACUCAAUACUGAAACGUUGAAUAACAUGUUACUCGAUGAUAAAACAUUGAAUGACAUAUUACUUGAUACUUCAGCAUCAAGUAAUAUAUCAUUAUCACAAUCAUUCUGUAAGGCUCCACAAAUUCCUUCAUUAUCCGUUAAUACUGCUUCAAUCUUAC